AUGAGAAACCGCACAGCAAUAACAACGUUCAUCUUGUUGGGACUUACAGAUGACCCACAGCUGCAAGUUCUGGUUUUUAUCUUCUUAUUUCUGACUUACAUUCUGAGCAUAACUGGAAACCUGACCAUUGUCAUUCUUACCCUGAUAGAUUCUCAUCUUAAAACACCCAUGUAUUUUUUUCUUCGAAACUUCUCCUUCUUAGAAAUCUCAUUCACAACAGUCUGUAUUCCCAGAUUCUUAUACAGCUUAUCAACUGGGGACAAUACCAUUACUUACAAUGCUUGUGCCAGCCAAAUUUUUUUUUUUGGAAUCUUUGGGGCCACAGAAUUUUUUCUCCUGGCUGCCAUGUCCUAUGACCGCUAUGUGGCCAUCUGUAAACCGCUGCAUUACUUGACCAUCAUGAACAACAGAGUCUGCACAGUCCUCAUCCUCUGCUGCUGGAUCUCUGGACUGAUGAUCAUCAUCACGCCACUCGGUAUGGGCCUCCAGCUGGAAUUCUGUGACUCCAACAUCAUUGAUCACUUUGGCUGUAAUGCAGCACCCCUUUUUAAAAUCUCAUGCUCAGAUACGUGGUUUAUAGAGCAAACUGUUAUUAUUUGUGCAGUGCUGACUUUCAUUAUAACACUAAUAGGUGUGAUUCUUUCCUACAUAUAUAUUAUCAAAACAAUUCUCAGAUUCCCCUCUGCUCAACAAAGGAAAAAAGCUUUCUCCACCUGUUCUUCUCACAUGAUUGUUGUCUCCAUCACUUACGGCAGCUGCAUUUUCAUCUAUAUCAAACCUUCAGCCAAAGAAGAGGUGGACAUUAAUAAAGGAGUGUCUGUGCUCACUACAUCUGUUGCCCCUUUGUUAAACCCCUUCAUUUAUACCUUGAGGAACAAGCAAGUGAAACAAGCUUUCAAUGAUACCAUCAAACGGAUUACAUUCCUAGCACACAAGUAA